CAGACUCCCGCACCAGCCAGAGGAGGGAGGAUGCACGUGGGCAGGAGACAGCCCGGGCCCUGGGGCCCCGGCGCCACCCUCCACCUGCUGGCGCUCCUGCCGCUGGCGCUCCUGCUGGGCUCUGCGGAGGCUCCAGUGCCCCAGUGCCCGGAGCACACGUAUCCCCAGGGUGGCCGGUGCUGCAAGGACUGCCCUCCAGGCCACGGGAUGGAGAGGCGCUGCAGCCUGGACCAGGACACCGUGUGCAGCCCCUGCCAGACCGGCUUCUACAAUGAGGCCCACAACUACGCGCACUGCAAGCCCUGCACACAGUGCAACCUGCGCAGUGGGAGCGAGCCCAGGAAGACGUGCACCCCCGAGCAGGACACUGUCUGCGUCUGCAAGGCCGGCACCCAGCCCCAGGGCGGCUACAAGCUGGGAGUGGACUGUGUUCCGUGCCCAGCCGGACACUUCUCCAGGGGCGAUGGCCAAGCCUGCAGACCCUGGACCAACUGCACCCUGGCGGGGAAGCGCACCCAGCGGCCGGCCAACAGCAGCGCGGACAGUGUCUGCGAGAGCGGGCGCCCCCCGCCCACGCUGGCCUGGGAGACCCAGGCCACCCCAGCUGAGGCCACCACUGCCAGCCCCACCACUGUCCAGCCCAGGGCCUCCUCAGAGCCCCCCCCGGGCCCUGAACUGGCCACCAUCCUGGGCCUGGGCCUGGGCCUGCUGGGCCCCGUGGCUGCCCUGCUGGUCCUGCUCCUGUGUCCCAGGGCCUGGAGGCUGCUGCACAGCGCCCCCAAGCUCCCGGGGGCCAGCGUCUUCCGGACCCCCAUCCAAGAGGAGCACGCGGAUGCAGACUCCCCGCUGGCCAAGAUCUGAGCAGCGCCCAGUGGCGGGAGCUGCUGCCCCCCAGGCUGGGCCCAGACGGUCUGCACCCUGGGGGCUGCGGGGCCCACUGCCCGACACCCUGCGUCCUGCCCUGUGCCGUUCUAGGUGCUCACGGGCCGGCCCCGGGCCCUAUGUAUGCUGUGUGUACGCCCUGCCUGGGCGCCCCAAUAAACCGUGUUGG